AUGGCAAUGGCGGAGGCAGAGACUUCCAGAUCUCCCUCAAAACGCACAAAACCGAGCCGAAAAGACGACCAACAUCAGCCCCUCCUGCCUGGUCUGCCGGACCAUAUAGCUCAAGUAUGCCUCUCCCUCGUCCACCCUUCCGUUUUGUUCUCCGUUUGCACCUCAUGGCGCCGCCUUAUCUACUCCUCCUCCUUCCCUCCUUUUCUCUCUCUAUACGCCCUCUUCUCCUCCUCCUCCUCCACCUCCGCCUCCUCUUCCUCUAAUUCCAUUCAUUUCUACAACUUUGACCCGAUCUCCUCCAACUGGCAUCCCCUCCCCUCAACCCCUCCCGACCCGCCUCUCCGCCUCUUCCGAAGCCACCCCUCUUUCAUCUCCCGCAACCUACCCAUCCAAUCCGUCUCCGAGUCCGGAAACCUAAUCCUCCUCGCCGCCACUACCCACAACUUUUUCCCCGCUCUCUCUCGCCCUCUGGUCUUCGACCCAGCUGCCAGAGACUGGGCCUUCGGUCCUCCACUCACCACCCCACGCCGCUGGUGUGCAGUCGGAGCGCUGAGCGGCGUUGUCUAUGUGGCGAGUGGGAUCGGGUCCCACUUCUCGAUCGAUGUUGCGCGUUCAGUUGAGAAGUGGGACUUAAGCAAAUGGAAAAAGUAUCAAGUUAAUUCGGAUGGUUGGGAAAAAGUGAGCGGGCUUCGAGAUGGGAGAUUCAGCAGAGAUGCGAUCGACGCAGUGGGAUGGAGAGGAAUGCUCUGCAUGGUCAAUGUUAAGGGAGACACUGCAAAAGAGGGAGCUGUCUACGAUGUGGAGAAGGACACGUGGCAAGACAUGCCGGAAGGGAUGAUUGCAGGGUGGAGAGGACCGGUGGCAGCCAUGGAUGAGGACGUGAUGUACGUGGUGGACGAGGCCAAGGGUGCCUUGAGAAGAUACGAUCCCAACAAGGAUGUGUGGGAAGACGUUUUCGAGUCCGAGGGGUUGAGAGGAGCUGAUCAGAUCGCUGCCGGAGGCGGAAGAGUUUGCGUUGUUUGUGGUGGUGGGAUAUUUGUGGUUGACGUGUCAGCGGCGACGCCGAGGCUUUGGGCUGUGGAAACGCCUCCGGGACUAGAGGCGGUGGCGAUCCAUAUCUUGCCCAGAAUGAGCCACGCGGAUUGAUUAUUUUAUUUAUUUAUUUUACGUUUUAUUUCGUUGUUUUGUUCUGUAACUUUUGUGAGGCUACGAAUCUUCAUGGUUGAGGAAAGGAGAGAUAUGUUCCAAUUGAAUAUUUACUUAAUUAAUUAAUUGUUCUUUAAAA